UUGCUCUCUUUCACAGCGAAGUUCGUCUUGGUGGAUUGUCGCAAUCGGCCGAUGUGAUUUGUUGAAUUCUGUAAAAAGGAAGUACUCUCACAUCAUCUGUUACUGUCUUCGUCUGCAUUUGUCUUUCUCUCACUCUUGGCUUGGCGAGCGGCGGAGGGAGGCCUCCGCCUUCGUGAGGAUAGUCGCAUUUCGGUUUCAGACGUGGACGAAAGGCCGCUGCUCCGUCCUGAAGAGAGGUCUAAGAUGAUGGUUGUGCUUAUAAAUCUGUCUUCCAAUACCUUCUGCUAGGUGAAAAUGGCAGAUAUUCAGCUUGGUGCUCAUACUAUAAGAACACAUGGGAUCAAAAUAGCAAGAUUUCAUAUGCAUGACUGGAUCAUACUUGUAAUUCUCGGCAUUAUAGAUAUCAUAUUAAAUGUUAUAGAACCUUUUCAUCGUUUUGUGGGAAGAGAUAUGAUGUCAGAUCUGAGAUAUCCAUUGAAGAGUAAUACAAUACCAUUUUGGGUUGUGCCGAUGAUUGGGAUUGUAUUACCAGUUUUUAUCACCCUUGGUAUAUACUUCAAAAAGAAGAAUGUCUAUGAUCUCCACAAUGCCGUGCUAGGUCUUCUGUAUUCUGUGCUUAUUACUGGGGUCUUAACCGAUGCAAUUAAGGAUGCAGUUGGUCGACCACGACCAGAUUUCUUUUGGCGAUGUUUCCCUGAUGGAAAAGACUUCUAUGAUAAGAUUACUACAAUUGUUAUAUGUCAUGGGGAUAAAAGUGUUAUCAAAGAAGGACACAAGAGUUUUCCAAGCGGCCAUUCUUCAUGGUCCUUUGCUGGCUUAGGCUUUUUUUCGUGGUAUUUGGCCGGGAAAAUCAAAGCAUUUGAUCGAAGGGGCCAUGUAGCGAAACUUUGCAUAGUGCUCCUUCCCAUCCUCUGUGCUUCUUUUAUUGCAAUUUCCAGAGUGGAUGACUAUUGGCAUCACUGGCAAGAUGUGGUUGCAGGGGGCCUUUUAGGUUUGGUGGUUGCUUCAUUUUGUUAUUUGCAGUUCUUCCCACCCCCUUAUGAUACAGAUGGUUGGGGCCCUCAUGCAUAUUUCUUUAUGCUUGCUGAGUCACAGUCUCGAAACGGCUCGACUUCCAUUGCUGCAGAGAAUCUUAAUGUGAUUCCGGCCUCGAUCGAGCCUAUGUAUAUCCAAUCCGAGGGCCAGAACCAUUUGGCCUUGCGGGAUUCGGCUCCAACUCUUGAUGAGAUAGAAGCUGGUGUUGACAGGAGGAUGCAAUGAAGUUGCUGUAUAAUCAGGUUGUAGUUAGUGAUAACGUCUUGGUGUAAGUGUGUGGGUGUUUGUUACUGUGGUAGGCUUGUAUUACAACAGGCUAGGUUAAUGUUAGCAGGCUUGUAACUGUUUAACUUCUCUUUUUUUGUGCAGGAAAUGAGGGGCAUUAGCCCAGUAUGUUAUUGUUUAUAUUGACAGUUUGUUUCCUUGGAUUUUCCUCUAAUUCAAGCAGAACUGAUUUUUGUAGUUGAUGCA